GCACAGGCGAGUGCUCAGAAGGCGUGGCUCGGCUUUUUCUGGUGCAAUGGCUCGCAUGCCGCCGAGUCCGUGCAAGAGCCUGGUGCCUUUGACACGAGAGGAAGCGAGACUGGACCCGCUUUUGGGGUGCACCAUCCGCAAGAUCUUCGGGUCUCAGUGGUACUACGGCCAGGUGAUCGCCAUCGAUUCAGAUGUCGCCAGCGGAGACCGAGCAUACCACAUCGCCUACGAGGACGGGGACGAGGAGCACCUCAGCGGGCUGGAGGUCCGGCGCUUCCUGGUUGCCCGGUCUGCGCCCCACUCAGAAGCAGGCUCGCCUCGGGUCUCCGUGGCGCCUCGGGUCUCCUUGGCGCCUCGGGUCUCCGUGGGCUCGGCGCCGGGCGCCGCGGCCCCGCGAAGCGAGCGGCCAGUCGCAAACUUGGGCGUCUACAGUGCGGCUGCGGUUGCGGUGGCCAUACUUGGAGUGGCCUUUGCGGUGCUUCCCCAGAGAGAAGCAGCGCUCGAAGUCAGAGAGCCUUUCGCAGGCCAUGAGGUGAGAGUACUCCCUCCAGACUUCGAGAUUGUGACAGAGGAGGAGCCGGCCGAGAUAGCCCCAGCCUGGAGAGAGCCGCAGAAAAGCCACGAGGCGGUACUUCCUCAGAGAGAAGCACCGGAGGUGGAGACGGUGCUUCAGGCCAGCACGAUGCCCAUGCCGAACUUCGAUGUGACGGCCGGACACGAGGCACCACGUGCCCGGCGAGAGGAGGCAAGCGAGAUACCUCUAGCUUGGAGAGAAGAGCCUGAGCCACAGGUGGAACAAGCUGCAGACAGCUCGCCAGAGAUGAUGCUCGCGGAGAGAGGAGACGCGGCGGAGGAGGAGCUGGCGGCGGCGGCAGCGGCACUGGUGGAGGCGUCCGGUCUUGUGGCCCGGGUGGCCGCGAAGACCCUGUACCGCACGGUGGAUGAGGCCUUUCGCUCGCUGCUCUCCGGCUGCUGGUCGCUCUUGUCUCUCUUCGGCUCCGAAGGUGACGACAGGCCCAAGAUCCCGGAACCAGAAGAGGCGGGCAGUGUGCUGGAGUCCCUUAUGAGCUCCAGCUUGCUGGCGUGCGCAGGUGUUGUGACCAUUCUGGUCAGCAUUCGAGCCCCAAGGGAAAUGUCCAGCUUCGAGUCCCAGGGGAAGCCGCAGGCGAAGGCCAUGGCCUCCCCUCGGAUGAUGCAGAUGGCUGCGAGCCCCGCGGCGCCCUUUCCGUCGCCCCACACUGUGCCCAUGCCGACCAUCGUGGAGGCUUCGCGGCAGGCGGUGGCAGCAUGUAACACGCCUGCACGGGCCAGAAGCACGCAGCAACUGGCCCAGCCCACACCGGGAAGGACCUUCAUGUCUCUGGUGGGUCGAACGCCGCAGGGCUCGGCGGCCUUGCCAGUUGCGCCGUUGCCAGUGGCGAGCAAGAAGGAUCGCCGCUUGCCGCCGCCUCCUGUAAGCCUAGUGGGGCCAGAGCAGAUGCAGAUGCCCAAGAUCACUCCAAAGAUGUCCGCGCAGAUACCUAUUCACAUGCCUGCGAGGGCCGAGGGCCAGGAGUGCGCUCGCUGCGGCUCGCUGAUGGCCGCAGAUGCCAACUUCUGUCGGCACUGCGGGCAGCAGAAGGGCAAGAAGUUCAAGGCGGCGAUGCCACAUGGAGAGCCUAGCAGAAAGGCAACCUCGAGAGGCAAAUCGAUUCACACCGUCAGAGCUUGAAGGGCUCUUGGCAGGGGAGCGGGCUUGAGCAUUCAAGCAUUCCUCCGUUCUCGCUCCUGGCCAAACACGAUA